GGAGCGCCGGGCGCGCGGGAGGUAUUGUGCUUCACCCCAGCUUUGUUCAGUCGCCUGCUCACCUGGCUCUGGGUGCGUCCUGGCGGUGCAACCCGGGGCGGGUGCCAGCAGUCGCAGCCGCAGCCGCAGCCGCCGCCGCCAUGGUGUCCCCGGUCACUGUGGUGAAGAGUGAGGGACCCAAACUCGUGCCCUUCUUUAAGGCCACCUGCGUGUACUUUGUGCUCUGGCUGCCCUCAUCCAGCCCAUCUUGGUUCAGUGCCCUUAUUAAGUGCCUGCCCAUCUUCUGCCUCUGGCUUUUUCUGCUGGCCCAUGGCUUUCGAUUCCUGCUGGCCCACCCCAGUGCCGCCCUCAUCUUUGUGGGACUCGUCUUCUCUGCUGUGGGUGAUGCCUUCCUCAUCUGGCAGGACCACGGGUACUUUGAACAUGGUCUCCUGAUGUUUGCUGUGGCACACAUACUCUAUGCCUCGGCCUUUGGCAUGCGGCCACUGGCUCUGCGGACAGGCCUGGUGAUUGGAGUGCUGUCGGGCCUGUGCUAUGCGGUACUCUACCCGGGGCUGUCAGGUGCUUUCACCUACCUGGUGGGGGUCUAUGUGGCCCUUAUCAGCUUCAUGGGCUGGAGAGCUAUGGCAGGGGUGCGGCUGGUUGGGGCAGCCUGGCGAUGGACGGAGCUGGCGGCUGGAGGUGGCGCUCUGCUUUUCAUCCUCUCAGACCUGACCAUCGCUCUCAACAAGUUCUGCUUUCCCGUGCCCUACUCUCGGGCGCUUAUCAUGUCCACUUACUAUGCUGCUCAGAUGCUCAUCGCCCUGUCAGCUGUGGAGAGCCGAGAGCCAGUGGAACACUACAGACUGAGCAAGGCCAACUGAAGGGACUGGGGUCUGCUCACCUUUCUCCUGGGGCUGGGGCCCAGACUUUGGGCCUGUGCAGGAGUUGGAACAGCAGGCAGCUUCUGGGAAAAUGGCAGGCCUGAAGGGAGUAAACUGAAGGAGCUCGCAGGAAAGCUGGUAGUCCAGGAUGACCCAGAGAGCUCAAAGAGACAGCCUCGUAUCCCUCACCUGAGUCAGAGGUAGACAUCUCCUCACCCCAUCAGGACUAUCAAAGCCCUGGAAGGUGAUGGUGCUUUUUGAACCCUCCCUCUUUUUUACUAGAUGCAAGAGUGUGACUAUCUCUUAUGCCUAGGACCAAUGGCAGUGCCAGGCCCCUCCAUUCCCGCCUUUUCUCUUCCAAGAUGACCCAGGAGCAGGGUUUGAAAAGCUCCUUCCCCAGGCUUCCCCGACUGGGAAGACUGGUUGAAGGUGGAGUCUAGUUUUCCGUCUCCAGCCUCAUUACUUCAACAGUCUUAAGCAGUGUAUGGAUGUCUGUCCAUGAGAAGUAGUAGAGGGACUUGGUUGGUCUGGAAGCUUGAGGGUACCAAGGUUUCAGACUGGUCCUUUUUCUCUCACGGGCCAGCUCAGGCCUCAUGCCAUCACCCUUAGUCUCUGUCCAGUCACGGCUAGGGUGGACCAUGCCAAAGGAAGGGGCCAGGCUCCAUUUAUAUGUCAUUGUCCUGCUGUCUUCAAAGACUUAAAGUGGCAGGCCUCAGAGAGCUCCUGAGGGGUGCUUAACCUGACUCAGAGCCAGGACCCUCCCCUGGCAUACCAACAAUGCUUCCUUCCUGCUCUGGGAGUGAGUUCUAAAUGACACUUUAGGGUCUUGAGACCCGAGGCACAGUCAAUGCAAGGGAGCAAGGAUGGGGUAACUCCAUCCUCUACUGCCCAUGUGAAAAAAUAAAAUAAAAUAAAAACCCAAGGGCCACUGGC